CUGAUGUAUCCACCAUCAUCAUCUACUUGAAGGAAGAAGACCGAGAAAGAUCCAAAAACCAUCGUCUUCCUCCGGCUAAUCACCACCGAAGAAAAUGGCGCCGAAAUCUGAAACCCUAGUCUCCGAUCUAUCCAAUUCCGAUUAUUCAAUCGAUCCAUUUCUCCAAAUCCUCAACAUUUUCCCUUACAGUUUCCUCCACCUUCCCCGUCUCCGCUUAAAGUUACCUUCUUUUACUCUCCCCUCCCCUAUGACCGUCUUUUCUCUUCUCCUAUUCACCUAUUUCAUGGUCGUCUCCGGUAUCGUCUACGACGUCAUAGUUGAGCCACCAGGUAUCGGAUCAACGCAGGAUCGAGUUACCGGCACCGUCAAACCUGUUGUAUUCCUUCCUGGCCGAGUCAACGGACAGUACAUCAUCGAAGGUCUCUCUUCUGGGUUUAUGUUUGUUUUAGGUGGAGUUGGCAUUAUUCUUCUCGAUCUUGCCCUAGAUCGUAAUCGAGCUAAGAGUAUUAAGGUAUCAUUUGCUACUGCUGGUGUAGCAUCCAUUGUUGGCGCUUAUAUCAUGAGUAUGCUCUUCAUCCGCAUCAAGAUUCCAUCUUAUCUUAGGUGAAUUUCUCUGGGUUAUUUUGUUUGAUUGAUGAAUACGUUCUUUUUGGAUUGAGUUUAGUGUUCUAGAUUAUUGAAUUCAAGCUUCUUUAUCAAUUUUUACUGUUUUAAUAGACUUCAAUUUCGAUGCAUCAGACUCUUCUUCUUUGACUGAAUCCUCUUAAGAUAUAUAUAUUUAUAUGCUAAUGCACCAUUGUUUUGA